UACAAAAAUAAAUACAUGUCAUGUUGUGUUAGUCAACAUAGGGUUUCACAUCCGCAACUGAUGCUUAAAUCACGUGGGUGUGCCGAAGAUGCUGAGCGCCUCCCAGCGGUAGGUGAGAUAAUCCAAUCAGAAAGCUGAUCUGCUGUGAUUGACGCUUUGUUUCUUGGAGACUGGAAAUGUUCUUUCGAGGAGGCCUGUGGGAGGGAUUCCGUCACGGCUUGCACAUGUUCUGAUCCCACUACACUCGCUGUUUUGUCGUAUCGUCUUUCAAAGCUUUGGCUUACAUCUACAUAUGUUGGGAGUCACUAUGUAGAACAGCUCUCCUCUGCAGUAAUACCUCUCAUGCCAUGGUAGUGACCACAGCGGAAGAUUAAUUUUCUUGGAUUUUACUAUAUUUUCUCGAAUGACGGUGAAGUUGCUCUCAGCAAAUCUGUAAUUACUGUAUGCAACACGUUAACACUUGACAGUAGUCUGAAAACUCUUGAUACCCAAUUGGCAGAAUGAGUACCUACGGCUUAACGUCUGCGGAUCAUCAUCAGUUUGCCAACUUUGACAAAGUUGCAGCUUAUCACAAUGCUUUACAGAACAGCAAGGCCAACUUCUCCGUUAGUCACUUGCUGGACUUGGAGGAACUCCCCAGUGAAAACUGUGCCAUGUAUGCUAACACCGAUCCCCAGCCUGGUCUUCCGACUCAAGCAUGUACCCCAACCCUCAACAGCAACCAUCCAGGAGCAGGGAUGACAGAUUUGGGCAAUAAUUCGCCCUCCCCUAUUCAGGAAAGAAUGCAACAGCCUUCACCUAGUGACGGUAAAAGUCAAAGUGGUAAUGAGGAUGACGAUAAAGAUGACAAGGACAGCAAACGACGACGAAAGCAACGACGAAACAGAACAACGUUCAAUAGUAAUCAACUGGCAGCGCUGGAGCGAGUGUUCGAAAGGACACAUUAUCCCGACGCCUUUGUUCGAGAAGAACUCGCGAGAAGAGUUAACUUGAGUGAAGCUAGAGUACAGGUCUGGUUCCAGAAUCGGAGAGCAAAGUUCAGGCGCAAUGAAAGAAACAUGAUGGCUCAGAGGGGUAAUAUGUACGGACGACCAGAGACUACUCCUAUUGAGCAACCUAUUACACCGAGGCAAUCUUCCAUGGGAUCCGCCGAUUCAUUGAACUGGUACGCACCGCCAGCUUACAGUCCCGCGUCUUCCUCUUCAAGCUGUGCUCUGGCUAAUCAUUCAUACUCCCCACCACCUAAUAUAGGCUCAAGCAUAGCGUGCCUCAGGUUAAAGGCCCAGGAAUAUAACACAGUUAUGCAUAAUCCAUAUGCACAUCAAAUGUCCCAAUGACCGGAGAGUAAAAUGAUGUGAGAACAUUAAAAAUGUGACACCGCUUUAACGUAAUUGAUGGUGAAAGGAAAUUAUUACUGUUUUGUGGGAUAACUUUACCAACAACAUGUUCGUAAGUGACUUGAUUGGAAUAUAUUUAGUUAUCUGAUUUCGAUGCGAUAAAAACUCAGGAUAUUUUUCUAUGAAAUAUGGCCUGAACUUGGCCUCGCCAAGUGUACAGAGCAGAGAAAGUGAGAUGGGACGACAGAUUAUGUCGCCUAACAGAGAAGCAGAUACACAAGAUGUCUGAAAGGAGCCAUUAUCGUCACAUCGAAUCAUUGUCAUCGUCAUCAUGAACGCGAUCUUCAGCAGAGGAACUCCAGUCCUUGUGUCACAAAUCCCCAAACUUAAUUCCUGUUCCAUUUAUAGUACGAUGGUGUUCUGAACGGAACGUGAAUACGUGUGAAUUGGAGACAUUUGUGUCUUUGACAAUAUUGUUACAGAUGCAUAUACUGCUUGUCAUAAGUAAUAACUAUGUUUGUUUGCGUGGCUGUAAGAAUUGGUAUUUACUCGUCACAGGUUGUGGAUGUUAAGAGAUUUAUAAUCACGUGAUCUUCUGUCAGAAUGUGUAUUCGAACACACCUGUUCCCCUUAUCCAUCCGUCCUUGUGUCGGCAUUGUACAGGGGCUUCCAAAAGAGUAACGUUUAUACAUAAUUUUUCAGUUUUAUAAAUCAAUUGGUUUAUCUUUUUAUUGUUAUAUGCUCUUGAUGGUAUCCGAAUGGUCAAUAAUGCAAAACGAUAUGUUUAUCAUCCCGAUGACAUUGGUACAAUUAUAUGCAUGGAGAAUCAAUAAAUGUGCAUUUUUGAAGUAUAAAAUGUUGUUUAUGAAUGUGAAAGAAAAACCUCUUACACUGUAAAAACUAUCAGUUCUUUGUGCCUUGACAUUGUUGUGCACAACAACAAAACAGAUGAUGCAAUACUCUUUUUAUAAAACCUCUAUAGCAUUUUGUAAAUAUAUUUUGAAAAUAUUUCAAUCUGUUUAAAUGUUUAUAUUGCGGAAAUAUGCAAAAUAAAAUGUUAUAUAUAUAUAUAAAAA